AUGGCCGUCUUCCCUGGACUUCAACUCAAUAUAAGGGAUUCAACAUGUGUGCACUCUCGAAAAUCGCCUCCUGCGCAAAAGAUUCCACAUCAACACACUUAUCAAUCGACCCAAGUUUCCACCAGAACACGCAAUGCGGACAUCAACUCUGUUACUCACGAGCCUGCAGACUAUAGCAAUAGCUUCGGCAGCACCCCUCGGCAAUUCCCAGUGCUGCAAGUUCUCACAAAUGGCGAGUACGAUCUCGUGACGUUCGAUCCGAGAGGCACGGGCAAAACUUUGCCAUUCCAGUGCAUCGAGAGCGAAGUAGAGGCUGCUCAGACUCUACUUCAGACGCCCCUUGGUAAUGCUUCUGACGCUGCUGUCGGAGCGCUCUGGGCGCAAGGCAAGAUCGUCGGGCAAAAAUGCAAGGCUCAAUUGGAAGAGACUGGAGAGCUGGUGGGCACAGCCUUCACAGCGAGAGACUUGAUGAAAGUGGCAGAAGUGUUGGAAGAGGAUGGCCUGCUGAGAUAUUGGGGCCUGUCGUACGGAACGGCAUUGGGUGCCACGGCUGCCGCCAUGUUUCCAGACAGAAUUGAGAAGAUGAUCCUGGACGGCGUUCAAAAUCCUCAUGAAUACUACCACGCACUGGCAAACUUUCAAGAGUGGACGGGAUCAGAUGAAGUUUUCUCAGCCAUGUUCACUGGGUGUAAAGCUGCUCCUGAGAACUGCACACUUGCUCAGAACGACAACACUGCGGCGGAGCUGGAACAGAGGACGUGGGAUCUACUCGAUCAGCUAAAACGGGAACCGCUCGUUGUUGCCGGCACUGCUCUCGAUUACAAUCUUGUCAAAGGAUCCCUGCAAAACGCCCUUUACGGCAUCGACAGCUGGCCCGGAGUCACCACUAUUUUGGACUUGAUCUUCAAGAACGAGACUGCGGCGCUUGUGGAAGCCUUUACAACGUCGAUUGGCAGCUCCGCUUCAGAGAGUUCCUUGGAGUUACUGCGCCCUCUGAAUGCGCUGCAUGGCAUCCAAUGUGGUGAUCGCACUGCCAGAGCCAGCACUCUCGACGAAUUCCUUCCAGCUGUCGAAGAUUUGUACAACAUCUCCAGAAUCUAUGGAGAUGCCACAGUCCCAUCCAUGGCAGCCUGUGCCCAGUGGCCGUACAGCGCAAAGGAGCGCUACGAAGGCGAUUUCCAAGUGAAGACCAAGAAUCCGGUGUUGAUCCUGGGCAACACAGGAGAUGCCUACACGCCGCUGGUGUCAGCCUACAAUCUCAGCUCCAGCCUCGAGGGCAGCGUCGUGCUGGAAAUCGAUGGCUACGGCCACGCCUCAACAUCUGUGCCGUCAAGCUGCAGCUGGAAGCACAUCUCGGCAUUCUGGCAGAGUUUGACUCUGCCGAAAAACGGCACACUGUGUCCCGCGGAGGCACAGCCAUUCCAGAAUGUUACUUGGGCGGAUGUCUUCGCUGCCGCGAACACAUCAUCUGCAGGAACUUCGAAAAGAGGUGUACACGCGGCCUCGAAGAUUGGGUUCCUGGGUCGUCAAGCAUGA